ACUAUUUAAAAACUAAUACAGUAUUUUGAUUUUAUUUAGGUGUGGACCAUGUCUUGCAAUUGCUCCGUUCUUUGAACAGCUUCCAAGCAAAUAUCCAAAUGCAGUUUUCUUAAAGGUUGAUGUGGAUAAAUGUCCAUCAACAGUAGAAACAUACAGUGUUCGAGCCAUGCCCACCUUUAUUUCUAUGAAAAAUGGAUUAAAACUUGACACAGUUCAAGGAGCCAAAAAAGACGAUAUCAUAGCUAUGAUUGAUAAACACUAUCCUUCAAACCAAGGACAAGCUUCAUCAGGAGUACCGGGGCACAUGGAUCUGUCCUCCUUUUUUUCAAAGUCUGGUUGUGUAUGUUUAAAUCAGAGUGAUGAGACUGAUUUGGAAAACUGCCUGAGGUUGGGUGAUGGAACAUAUCUUGAAUCUGACUGUGAUGAACAAUUAUUAAUCUCUUUGGAAUUUUCCCAAAAUGUUAAAAUCCAUUCUAUAAAAUUGCAUGGACCAGCUGACAAAGCUCCAAAGACAGUAAAACUCUUCAUCAACCAACCUCACCAGAUGGACUUUGACCAAGCUGAGCGGAAUGAUCCUGUACAAAAACUGGAGCUAACAGAAGAUGAUGUGAAGGAAGAUUGUGUAAUUCCUCUCAAGUUUGUGAAGCUACAGAAUGUGAAUAAUUUAACAAUAUUUGUGAAGGACAACUUGGGAGGAGAAGACACAUCAGUGAUCGAAUACCUAGGCUUGAUUGGCUCACCUGUAUCUACAAUAAAAAUGGAUGAAUUUAAAAGAGUUGCAGGGAAGAAGGGAGAAAGCCAUUGAUAGAAUCUAAUCUACAUUCUGGAGUUGAAUUUGUUUUAAAAAAAAACCCAUUCCAAUACAUUAUAUUACUUGCAAUGGUUACCUUUUAACAUAACUCGUUUAUAUUCAAACAAUAAUUUUUAAUACAAAAUCAGAACAAAGUGGAACAUUAAUAUACUGAAUAGCUUCAGUCCAAAGUCAAUGGUUAAUAAAACAAAUAGGACCUGCCAAGGACAACAUGCCCUUUUGGCAAAAUGCCAAUAGCAAGGUUGUUCCAGUUGAAAGUG